GAGACUCAGUACAGGCCAGAGGAGAACUUCAGUAGCUACUCAAACCUUAUUACAUGUGAAAGAAUCAACUUGGAAGAGACACGCUACACAUGCCAUGAGUGUGCGAAAAGCUUCAGUCGGAACUCAUACCUUACCACACAUCGUAGAACCCACACUGGAGAGAGACCUUAUGGAUGCUCUGAGUGCGGGAAACAAUUCAUUGAUAGUUCAUCCCUUAUCUCACAUCAGCGAAUUCACACAGGAGAGAGACCCUACACGUGCUCUGAGUGUGGGAAAAGCUUCAAUCAGAGCUGCACCCUUAUCACACAUCAGAGAAUCCACACUGGAGAGAGACCUUAUGGAUGCUCUGAGUGUGGGAAAUGGUUCGUUGAUAGUUCAGCCCUCAACUCUCAUCAGCGAAUCCACACAGGAGAGAGACCCUACACGUGCUGUGAGUGCGGGAAAAGCUUCAGUCGGAGCUCAGCCCUUAUCAGACAUCAGAGAAUCCACACCAGGGAGACGCCCUACACAUGUACUGAGUGUGGGAAAAGCUUCAAUCAGAGCUCAAACCUUAUCACACAUCAGAGAAUCCACACAGGGGACAGGCCCUAUGAAUGCACUGAGUGCGGGAAAACCUUCAAUCGCAGUUCGCACCUUAUUAGGCAUCAAACAAUCCACAGAGGAGAGAGGCCCUACGAAUGCCGUGAGUGCAGGAAAAGCUUCACUAGCAGCUCAGACCUUUCUAAACAUCAGAGAAUCCACACAGGGGAAAGGCCCUUUGAAUGCCGUGAGUGUGGGAAAAGCUUCACUAGCAGCUCAAACCUUUCUCAACAUCAGAGAAUCCACACAGGGGAAAGGCCCUUUGAAUGCCGUGACUGUGGGAAAAGCUUCACUAGCAGCUCAGACCUUUCUAGACAUCAGAGAAUCCACACAGGGGACAGGCUCUAUGAAUGCCAUGAGUGUGGGAAAUGCUUCACUAGCAGCUCAAACCUUUCUCAACAUCAGAGAAUCCACACAGGGGAGACGCCCUUUGACUGCAGUGAGUGUGGGAAAAGCUUCACUAGCAGCUCAGACCUUUCUCAACAUCAGAGAAUCCACACAGGGGAGAGGACCUUUGAAUGCCGUGAGUGUGGGAAAUGCUUCACUAGCAGCUCAAACCUUUCUCAACAUCAGAGAAUCCACACGGGGGAGAGGCCCUUUGAAUGCCGUGAGUGUGGGAAAAGCUUCACUCAAAGAUCAGUCCUUUCUAGACAUCAGAGAAUCCACACAGGGGACAGGCCCUAUGAAUGCACUGAGUGCGGAAAAACCUUCAAUCGCAGUUCGCACCUUAUUAGGCAUCAAACAAUCCAC